GAGUGCAUGCGGGGCGCCCCGCCGGGCCGCCGCCGGGCCGCCGCCGCCCGCCGCCCCUGAGAGAGCGGCGGCGAAAAGUUCCGGCGGUCGCCCACAUGCGCAGCCCCAGCCCGCGGCUUGGGGAAAGGCGCCGAGCGGAGGUGGGCGAAGAGAGUUUGAAGUGUUUGCCGGCGGGAAGAUGGCGGACCGGAGCUGAGAGCGGCGCCCGGCGAACUCGGGCCGCCCCCGCCUUCCUCCGCAGCCCCCCGGACCCCCGCCGGACACAUGCAGGCCAAAAAACGCUACUUGACGCUGCUCUCCGCCGGCACCUGUCUCGCCCUGCUGCUCUACCUCGGAGGCGUGCAGCUGCGGGCAGCCCGCGCCCCGCGCCGCGCCGCGCCGCCCGGUAGCAGCCGGCAUGGCCCCGGCGCCGAGCGGCCCUGGCCCCGCUUCCCCGACGCGCUGCGGCCCUUCGCGCCCGGCCCCGAGGGCGGCGGCGCCCGCGUCUCCCCCCGGCAGCGGCGGGACGCCAGCGCCGGCCUCUACCGCGGGCGCCGCUGCCGCAUGGAGUCCUGCUUCGACUUCGCCCUUUGCCAGAAAAACGGCUUCAAGGUCUACGUGUACCCGCAGCAGAAGGGGGAGAAGAUCGCCGAGAGCUACCAGAACGUCCUGGCGGCCAUCGAGGGCUCCCGCUUCUACACCUCCGACCCCAGCCAGGCGUGUCUCUUCGUGCUCAGCCUGGACACGCUGGACCGGGACCAGCUCUCCCCGCAGUACGUGCACAACCUCCGCUCCAAAGUGCAGAGCCUCCACUUGUGGAACAACGGGAGAAAUCACUUGAUUUUUAAUUUAUAUUCCGGCACCUGGCCCGACUACACCGAGGACGUGGGCUUCGACAUCGGGCAGGCCAUGCUGGCCAAAGCCAGCAUCAGCACCGAGAACUUCAGACCCAAUUUUGAUGUUUCUAUUCCGCUCUUUUCUAAGGAUCACCCUAGGACAGGAGGGGAGAAGGGAUUUUUGAGGUUCAACACCAUCCCUCCUCUCAGGAAGUACAUGUUGGUAUUCAAGGGGAAAAGGUACCUGACAGGGAUAGGGUCAGACACCAGGAAUGCCUUAUAUCAUGUCCACAACGGGGAGGACGUCGUCCUCCUGACCACCUGCAAGCACGGCAAAGACUGGCAAAAGCACAAGGAUUCGCGCUGCGAUAGAGACAACGCCGAAUACGAGAAGUAUGAUUACCGUGAAAUGCUGCACAAUGCCACUUUCUGUCUGGUUCCCCGUGGCCGCAGGCUUGGCUCUUUCAGGUUUCUAGAAGCCUUGCAGGCUGCCUGUGUGCCCGUGAUGCUCAGCAAUGGAUGGGAACUGCCAUUCUCAGAAGUGAUUGAUUGGAAGCAGGCUGCCGUCAUCGGGGAUGAGAGGUUGCUAUUACAGAUUCCUUCUACAAUCAGGUCUAUCCAUCAGGAUAAAAUCCUAGCACUUAGACAGCAGACACAGUUCUUGUGGGAGGCUUAUUUUUCUUCAGUUGAGAAGAUUGUAUUGACUACACUAGAGAUUAUUCAGGACAGAAUAUUUAAGCACAUAUCACGUAACAGCUUAAUAUGGAACAAACAUCCUGGAGGGUUAUUUGUACUGCCACAGUAUUCCUCAUAUCUGGGAGAUUUUCCUUACUACUAUGCUAAUCUCGGUCUGAAGCCUCUCCCCACAUUCACUGCCGUUAUCCAUGCAGUAACUCCUCUGGUUUCCCAAUCUCAGCCUGUGCUGAAACUCCUGGUUGCCGUAGCCAAGUCCCAGUACUGUGCACAGAUUAUUGUUUUAUGGAAUUGUGAUAAACCCCUCCCAGCCAAACACCGCUGGCCUGCCACUUCUGUGCCUGUCAUAGUCAUUGAAGGAGAGAGCAAGGUUAUGAGCAGUCGCUUCCUACCUUACGACAACAUAGUGACAGAUGCAGUGCUAAGCCUGGAUGAGGACACCGUGCUUUCAACCACUGAGGUGGAUUUUGCCUUUACAGUUUGGCAGAGUUUUCCAGAGAGGAUUGUGGGGUACCCUGCUCGCAGUCACUUCUGGGACAACACUAAGGAGAGGUGGGGCUAUACCUCCAAGUGGACUAAUGACUAUUCCAUGGUAUUGACAGGAGCUGCUAUUUACCACAAAUAUUAUCACUACCUGUACACUCAUUACCUGCCUGCCAGCCUAAAGAAUAUGGUGGACCAACUGGCCAAUUGUGAGGACAUUCUAAUGAAUUUUUUGGUGUCAGCUGUGACAAAAUUGCCUCCAAUCAAAGUAACACAGAAAAAACAGUACAAAGAGACCAUGAUGGGACAGACAUCCCGGGCCUCACGCUGGGCCGACCCCGACCACUUCGCCCAACGGCAGAGCUGCAUGAACACUUUUGCCAGCUGGUUUGGCUAUAUGCCGCUGAUCCACUCUCAGAUGAGGCUCGACCCUGUCCUCUUUAAAGACCAGGUCUCCAUCCUGAGGAAGAAAUACCGAGACAUUGAACGACUCUGAGGAGCGCUGCCCAGGGGGCCGAGCUGCCCCAGCCCCACACGGCCGCCGGCACACGGAGCCGGACUGUGCCAGGCCCGGCCGCACCUGGACAUGGCGAGCGGCACCUGGCGGUGCGCGGCUCCGGACUGCUUCCCCGCCCGGCAGGCCUCUGUCGCUCACGACUAGGUUGUGUACAGUUUCAUUAUGGAACAUUAAAUAAUUAUUUUUGAAAUGAUUGCUAUGCAGGUUUAAACUUUUUUAAUGAUAAAAAAAUACCUAUUAAAAACAGAGUUCUUUCUUUAAUCAAAAUUGUGUUGGUUGUGAAUAUUUCAAAGCUGCCAUUUCUUUCUUUCAUGCGUUUGAUUGUCAUAGCAAUUUUCGUUCAUUUUCCCCUGCAACGUUAAAUGCUUGAUUCUCACAGGGAGAAAAUGCAGCAGGUUCAGAAACAAAUUGAGCACAAGCAGGACAGAAAUGAAGUAUUACAUUUCUCCUUAACUGCUGAUUUUUGUAAUAUUUCUUUUCUUUGUUUUCCAUAAGCCGGUUGUGGCCACUAUGGCAGAGCUCCUUUGGAUGAGAAGAAAACCAGAGAACCUGCAGUGCGUGUAGCUCCUGCUGGCUGAGGCCUGGCUUUGGGCAGGGAGAGGAGCAGCCCUGCCAGGAGCAGGAUGGCAGCGGGGCCUUCAGCCAUGCAGGAACACCAGGCUGCUCACAGCAAGGCCUUGUCCCCAUGGCCCUGCUGCUGGGCCGAAGCAGCAUGGCUGGGAGCAGUGCUGUCGCUAGGCCACAACCACUGCGUCUCCAGAAAGAGCUUUGUUUGGAGGGCAGAAGGGGUGUUGGUGCAAAAAGGGAGCAUGUUAGUUCUUGCAGUGCAGGAAGUAAGCCUGUAACAAAGUGUUCUAUAUGGAACCAAACUGUGGGCUUCUCGCUCUCUCUCUUUUUUUUUUUCUUUCUUCUUUUCAUUUUUUGGAAGUGCAAAUAGUUGGAGAAAUUCCCUCCUGGAUUUCUGCACCUGAAGUGAAAUGUGUUGUCAGAGAUCAUUGCUGAUGGCAGCAGGUUCUCUCAGACUUGUAUGAGGCAGAGUAACUUGGGCCAAAGCUUGCCUUGGAAGUACCAGUGUAGCUCACUCUCCAAAAUGGUUUUAUCAUUUCAGAUGGAAGCAUUUUUUAAGUUGGAAUGUCCCAAUUGUUUACUUGUCUGUAAUGCUUUGCUUAUUUAUGUGUUUUCUCAAGUGAAGAGUGAAAAGAAAGGGUCAGGAAGGUGCUGUGAUGGUUUCCUAAAACAACAAGCACUUUAAAAACAUUUCACAGUCUCACAUCUCUCUGAGGUGCAUCGAAGUGUUAUAUAGUGAUAACCACCCCAAGAGCAAGAGCAUAUAGUGAGGGUGCCCAGCAAGGAUCAGUGAGCCUUUCUAUACCUCAUUCCUCGGCAUGAGGCUGUUCUGUAGAGGGGGUGAAGAGUAGCUGGAGAAUGUUUUUAUGCUACGGAUGGUGAGGCACUGGAUUAAGUUCCCCAGAGAUGUAGCAUAUGUCCCAUCCCUGGAGACGUGCAAGGUCAGGCUGGACGGGGCUCUGAGCAGCCUGCUCUAGCUAUAGGUGUCCCUGUUCAUUGCAGGGGAGUUGGACUAGAUGGCCUUUGAGGGUCCCUUCCAAAUGAAAUGAUUCUAGGUUUCUGUGAUAUAAAUAGAGUAUACCAGGGUUAACGUUUCAUUUAGGCUCAAACACUGACGUAUUGCACAGCUUUAAGCAACUUCCUUAACCGAGGCAUGCAGAGGUCCUCAUUUGUCAGAGUAAUAGCUACUGGUAUUAGAGGGAAUGCCAUAAAGCUUAAACAAUUUCUCUUGAGAUGGCAAGAUCAAAAUCCCUAACUGAAAGUUGCUUUAGUACUGCAAAGUAGAUAUUACUAGAUGUUUGUAUGCAAUAUGGCGUGUUAAGACUUGCAAAGUGUGGUUGGCUUUGCAUAUGUAUUGCAAUAUUUGAACAGAGCACAGUGAGUUAAGGCAGGAACAUCAGGUUCUUGACAUUUUGCAUUGAAUCUGAACCAAAUCUUUAAAGGAAUUGGCCACAACACGUGUGGGGCUGCAGCCAGUGGCUGAGUGCUGCUGGAUGGAAGAGAUACCUCCCCAGCUCCAUCCGCUCCUGCCCUGGCCAUAAUCUCACCUUGUGCCUCCUGCCAGCCUGGGGCAAAAAAAAAUGGUCAGUGAUUGACUCCAUUUUGUAAUGCCAUUUUAGAGAGUUAAAUCAGCAUAUGGAAAGAUGUGUGGAGAGGCAAGAGUAGGUUGACAGGACCAGGGAGGGAAGGGGAACAGGCUGUCUUCCUGUCUCUAUGGUGAACUGUUACUUCAGCUCUCCACAUCCCAUAAAGUGGCUCCCAUGCUACUUUGUCCUCUGGAUAAUCAGGCAGCUCCUCCAGGGACAGGAAUAUAUCUUCUCAGACCUGCUGGAGCAUGCAUCAGACACUGGAUGAGGCAGGCAGGGUGUGUGGAUGUGUCCUCAGCAUCGCUGGGGAUAGAGAGCGGGAAAGAGAAGCCCUACAUAAAAUGAGAAUUGCAGUUCUUUCUGUCUUUCAGUUAGUGCCAUUUUGGCUGUAUAGCAGUGGGGGUGGCUUGUCAGUGUUGGAUUGCAGCAAGUAAGGCCAGGCUUUUAAGCUGUUUGAUGUUGUGUCACCAUCACUUUUCAGGGUGGCUGAGAAAGACUGCGCUAGAGCUCUAUGAGUGAGUUUUGAGGUCCUUUCUGUUUACAAAUCACUAAUUAAACAAGAAACAAUAUUGGGCUGCAGAAGGCUCAGAAUAGAUGCGCACAUUCCCCUUUGCAGCAUGUUACCAGGCAGACCCAUCUCCCUAGGAAGGAAUGUACCUCGUGGCUGCUAGGACAAUGACCCUGGCACCCAUGGGAAGAACUGGAUGCAGAUGCAGUGUAGAUGCUGGGCUUGGUAUACCUGGUGUGGGUGCUGUCAGACAGCACUCCUCUGGACACCGGGUGUGCUUCCAGGUCUCUUGUUCAUGUCUGUGUCAGGUAGAGCCCUGUUCCUGUAGUGAGCACAAUCACCCUUUUAUCACAUCCUACAUGCGAGUUAAUGGUUCUUUAUCCUUUUUUUCCACACUUAAUUCAGAUGGUGCUGAAACAAGGUUCACUCCUUGUUGCUCCUUUUGUAGUUUUUUAAAUUAUUUUUUUAUUUUUCAUGAACAGCAGGCUAUGUUAGCCUUUACUUUACAGGUACUUGAAUGCCUGAUGACUUGACUGAGUGUUUAGCAUGUGGCCUUUUGUAAAGGUUACUGACCUUAAUUUAAUCAGGGGUGAGAUGGAUGGAUGAAUGUGAACAGAUCCAUACCAUCAAAGCAGAGCAAAAGUAGGGAGUAGAGUUUGGAAGAAGUGAUGAUUUCUUAAUUGAAUUUAUUUAAAAAAUAAUAAUAAAAAAGGAGAAACCCUUCCCAGUUAUAAUUUGAACGAAAUCUGUUGCUGGAGGAGGGUUUCGUAAUGAGGAAAAUGAGACACAAAAACAGGGGCAAACUUCCAAGAUAGAAAGUGCCUGGCUCUCUGUGCAGCCCCCUGGGCCUGUCUGAGAUUCCUUUACCCUCUUUCUAUUUUGUGAAAAACUCUUGCUAUUACCAUAGCUUUUUCCAAAUGUGAAUGUUUAAGCUAUGUAACAACUCCAUUAUGAACACAGUGGUGUGCUAAUGCACGGCCAUCGAGCGCUUUGAUCUUUUCCAUUUGAAAACACGGUGGAUUUGAUCACCUUCUGAUUCCAUUUUCUUUCUCAGAGCCAACCUUGACAAAGGAAUUAAUCUUUCACCAACGAACGCCUUUUAGAAUAGCUCGUUUACCAAAAGGUGUCGUUUCAAGAAUGGAAGCAAUCACUUGAUGCUGAGACAAUGACAGAAGCAGCUAGAAGUACAGUUUUAUUCCUUAAACCUUUGCGUUCCCGGAGUAAAAUGCAGCGUCUUCCUCUUUCUCCCCUUAUUUCGAAAAUAAAAGGCCACUCGGUGUUCGUAGCACCUGAAUGGAUGGACAGCCCUUCUGUUAACUCCUCCGGUUAAACAUACAGCACCGGGGCAUCGUUGCCUGCUCGUGCUCUGGGCUGACCCAGAAGCGCGGCCUGUUGUGCGGUUGUCUCAAUGGGCAUCGCUGGGGUUUGGCAGGGACGGGCCUGGGCCUUCCUGGUGUCUGCUGGAACAUCUCGCCCUUGUUUAAAGCCAAGUCAAGUUGGCCUUUAUAAAACUGGUCUGUCUUCACACACAUUUUUAAGUUGGAGUUCAAAUAGGGGGAUUUAUGGGACUCAUCAGAGGCUUCUGGAUGCCCCCUCCCACCCUUCUUGUGAUUUUUUGAGUUAGCGAUGAUCCAAUGGGCCUUGUGACCUUGUACAUAAUCCUGUAUAUUUAUUUUGAGAGACAAUAUGUAUAGUGUUUGGGGGAUGAGAAUGGAAACCUGAAACGGGAAUUUGGAGGUGGACAAUUGUAAAGAAACAAACGAACGAAGACAGAAACAAUCUUAUUUUGUACAAAAUGUACAUUUUGGAGAAUUUUUUUCUAAUGCAUUACCAAUGUUUUCAUAGUGCUGCCACAUCUUUUUUAAGGUGUUUCUCCCUCUUUGUUUGACUAUUGAAACAUGGUGCAAUGAAACCUAAAGCAAGUGUGUGAGUGAGAGAAAAAGAGGGAGUGAGAAAUUAAAAAGCCAUAUAAUUUGGUUUACUUCAUUAACCUGUAUAACAUCAUAGGUUUGCCAUCUAAAAUAGGUUGUUUUUAUAGAUAGUGUCACCAAAGACUUUUUUUCUUCAGAUUUAUUUUGAAAAGUUGUUAAUAAAGGACGUACAUUUC